CAGGUGAGCCGGACUCCGACUUCGGGAGGCAACCUCGUUCUUAGCAUUCCCCUCAAAUUUGUCCCCAGAGCCUGGCUCCAGUCUCCCCUACGGGGUCUCUCCAAGCUCUAGCUGGUUCAAGGCAAAAAGUUCCACCAUCUGGGAGCCGCGGGGCAGAGCCUGAGAGCAGGGGCGGAGCCGCCCGGAUAAAUAAGAGGCUGUCUAGGGCUCCCUAACUGUUGUCUGUGGUCAGACAGCCAAAGCAGCCAUGGCGGUAGCUGUCCAGCUCCUGCCCCUGCUCCUGCUGGUGGCUUCGGCCCUGGCGGGUUACACACCACGCUACACCCCGGAUUGGGACAGCCUAGACGCCCGGCCGCUCCCCGCCUGGUUUGACGAGGCCAAAUUCGGUGUGUUUGUGCACUGGGGAGUGUACUCUGUGCCUGCCUGGGGCGAAUGGUUCUGGUAUUACUGGAAGGACCGCAAAGACCCAGAUGCCGAAGCUUUUAUGCGCAACAACUACCCUCCCGGCUUCUCCUACGCCGACUUCGGCCCCCAGUUCCAAGCUAAAUUCUACGACCCCAAAAAGUGGGCGGAAAUCUUCGAGGCGGCCGGAGCCAGGUAUGUGGUUCUGACCUCCAAGCAUCAUGAAGGCUACACAAACUGGCCCAGUCCUACAUCUUGGAACUGGAAUUCUAUGGAUGUAGGGCCCCACCGGGAUCUGGUGGGAGAAUUGGGACCUCACCUUCGAGAGAAGAAUAUCCAUUUUGGACUGUACCACUCACUUCUGGAAUGGUUUCAUCCCUUCUAUUUGCUUGACAAGCAAAACAACUUUACAACCCAGAACUUUGUUGCUGCCAAAGUCCUACCAGAACUGGUUGAUCUUGUGAACAGGUACAAACCUGAUCUGAUCUGGUCUGAUGGAGAAUGGGAAGCCCCAGACGCUUACUGGAAUUCCACUGAGUUCCUCGCCUGGCUGUACAAUGACAGCCCUGUUAAGGAUCAGAUUGUGGUUAAUGAUAGAUGGGGCAGAGAAGAUCUAUGUAAACAUGGGGGUUACCUUACCUGCCAUGACAAGUACAAGCCAGACACUCUUCCAAAACGCAAAUGGGAGAUGUGCACCACCCUUGAUAAAAAAACCUGGGGAUAUCGGCGAACCAUGGAGAGCAAUGAUGUUAUGACUGAACUAGAAAUCAUUUCGGAACUAAUUGAAGUCGUGGCCUAUGGAGGAAACUAUCUCAUUAACGUUGGGCCCACAGCAGAUGGAAUCAUUCCCCCCAUCUUUGAGGAAAGGCUCCGUUCUGUGGGAAGCUGGCUGAAGAUCAAUGGAGAGGGCAUCUAUGCUUCCAAACCAUGGAGAGUUCAAAAUUACAAUGACACCAUCAAUGUAUGGUACACCACAAAGGAAUCUGCUGUGUAUGCCUUCUUCACCUCAUGGCCAAAGGAAGGAGUGCUAUUUCUGGCCUCUCCUAUACCCACAAAUGACACAAAGGUGACAAUGUUGGGAGUUCCAAACACCCGGGUGUGGUCAGGAGACACAGGAGUUGAAGGCAUCUAUAUUGCCCUGCCUCUAUUCUCUCAAAGCCUUGCAGAUAUGAAAAUCUGGACCCUCAGACUAGAGAACGUGAAAUGAGGCAUCAUAUCUAAAAUAAUUAUAAUAAAUAUUAUUUCUACCCAGAUAUAUAUAUAUUUUAUAAAGUUUAUUGGAAGGCAGAUAGAUAAUAUUCCUAUAAGUAACCUGACCGCAUGGUGCCUAGCCUGCCAGUCUCUUCCUCAUUCCCCCUCACCUGCCUGCUCUGUCUCAUCUCCUCGUGGUCCUCUUGUUGGUCUCCCCCAGUUCUGCCCCAAACCUUAACUUUUUACAUACAGAACAUACACGGAUGCAACCCAGGCGCAACUGUGGUAUGUCAGGAAUGUUUGAUAGACAGGCAAAGUUACUGAGGAGGGGGAGGGAAUGAAUUUCUUUGAUACAUGUCCCACUGACAAGAGGCACCACACCAAUGUCUCUAAUUCUUUACCAUUUUGAUUUUUCCUUCUAAGACAUGAAUUUUCUGACUCAUCUUUUUUUUUUUAAAUAAACCCUUACCUUCCAUCUUAGAAUCAAUACUGUGUAUUGGUUCCAAGGUAGAAGAGUGGUAAGUGUAAACCUCAAAUUUCCUUAUACUUAUAAAUGUUGGAAAUUUCACCAUUGGGAUAUUUCAUACUUGGAAAAUUUCUUACUGAUAGUCUAUUGGAAUGGGAACCCCAUUGGCAUGGGAGGUUCUUUCUCUUCCCUUCUUAAGAUUACUUUAGGACAGAGACCCUUUGCUGAACAAUGGAAAGGACUUUGACCUAUGCUUAAGCAUAGAACAGGAAUUUCUUUGAGUCUUGAUUGAUUUUAGAAUUGAUACAAUGGAGAUACUCCACCCUAUUCAGUCCUAAUAGGAUUGAGUAAGGGCUGCAGCCUAGAUCAAAAUUUAAUUAUUCCAAUCUCUACCAUACUCAAGUUAACAGGAUUUAGAAAGGGCUGGAACAAAGGAGUAAAGAUUUAAUCAUUUGAAAAAUAUGACCUUCAACAGACAUGUGCAAAGCCUCUGGGCGGUCCUGGGUUAAGCGAGAGCCUCCAUUGACAGGGAAAUUGAUGAAGAGUGAUUGGUAGAUGUGAGGACUGAGGGGAGGCAACUUGGAUGGUGUCCUUAAAGAUAGGAGGGUCUGGAGACUCAGGGGAGAGGAUUGAGUUUUUGGUCGGUGUGGUUCCUGGGGUCUGAGGAAGCUUGCUCUGAAGGAAGCUGAAGGUGGGGGCCUCUGAGACUGUUUCUCCAUUUUGGACACGUGAGUAAUAGGGACUGAUCUCUUUUCUUUGCCCCAGCUAUCUAAGGGCUUGGGCCUUUUGGCCCAGCCUAAACAGAAGGGGUAUUUAAGCCCUAUUUCCCUUCUCUCCCCUUUCUCUCUCUAUAUAUAUCUCUAAUUCCUUUCUUGCUCCUAUUGUAAUUAAACUCCAAAAAAGGCUGACGGCUGACUUGAGUUUUUCAUUUAGGAAUUACAUAGCUGAUUCCUUGGCGACCUUAAAUUAAUAUAUAUCAGUCUUUUAAAGUGAUUCCCUUGUAACAUUGUGGCUGACCACACGGGAGUCUAAAGAAUCCUCUCAAUAAAACUUUUUCCUUGCCUUUUUACUAUACUGUUUCACCACUUAGUCCUUUUUUUUUUUUUUAAAAAAAAAAACUUGGCUUAAAGACACAGCUGCUAGAACACGUGAGUAUAAAAAACUUUUUCUCUUUUCUCCUUAAGUUAAAUUGGAAUCAGCAGUUUUUUCUUUUUCUUCCCUUUAAUCUUAAGGGACAGCUGGGUAGCUCAGCGGAUUGAGAGCCAGCCCUAGAGGCAGAAGGUCCUGAGUUCAAAUCGGACCUCAGAUACUUCCCAGCUGUGUGACUCUGAUAGACAGAAAACAGCUGUUUUUAAAUCUCAGCAACAGGACUCUAAAGUCCUGGCUGGAAGAACUGUUUCUAAAUAUCCUUUCCCUUAAGGAACAACUUCCUGGAUUUAAAAAAAAAAAAAAACCCUGUGGAAAGUUUGUUGCUUUGCCCUGCUCCCCACGUGUUUUGUGAAAUUACAAAAUAUACAUAUAAAAAUGAGUACUACAUUCUUUGACAAUUAUAUGGCAGCUGAAGAAGUAGGGGCAUUGAGGAAUGAAGGAUACCUCCAAAUUUUUAUAUUAAUAGGUACUGUCAUUUUUGUACUCCUCAAUACUAUAUUUAGAGAUGAAAAAAUAAAAAAUAUUGAGGAUAAAAUAAAACAAAAUGAGGAUAAAAUAAAACAAAAUGAGGAUAAAAUAAAACAAAAUGAGGAUAAAAUAGAAAAAAUGAGGAUAAAAUAGAAAAUAUUGAGGAUAAAAUAGAAAAUAUUGAGGAUAAAAUAGAAAAAAUUGAGGAUACAAUAGAAAAAAUUGAGGAUACAAUAGAAAAAAUUGAGGAUAAAAUAGGAAAUAUUGAGAAUAAAAUAGAAAAACUUGAGGAUAAAAUAGGAAAUAUUGAGAAUAAAAUAGGAAAUAUUGAGGAUAAAAUGGGAGAUAUGGAAGAUAAAAUAGGAAAAAUUGAGGAUAAAAUGCAAGCCCAAUUAGAAGAUCUAAAAUGUUUCUUACAGGAUCAAUGGGCAAACACCCACUCUACCAGAAACAGACCUGUUUCUGAACCUUUGAAUGAGGAAAUUUCCUUCCCUGAAAUAGAGAUGGAAAACACCUUCCCUAUAGCCCAGUUAACAGACUGCUUCUCUCGUGCAGUGCAAAUCUUGUCUGAAUUUAAUCCCCAAAACCCUUCCCCUGCAAUCCCAGCUUCUCAUGUUCCUUCUCCUACAGAAAACCUGAAUAGUGCCAAUAGAGCACACAUGAAAUAUUAAAGUGAGACUCAAGGUUGCGACGCUUAACUUAUGUUUAAGUCGUAGGACUUCCUUGUAUCUACACUCCUUUUGAAGUACUCAAACAAGUACAAAGCUUGACUAUCAUGCUGGCUCCCUAUAUCUCUGAAGGAAAAAAAAUCAGACAAGGGAAUGACAUUUCCCCAUCAAAAUAGAAUUCUAAUUCUUUUCUUCUUAUAUUAUGGCAACUUCCUGUAGUCUUGGCUACAAAUGGCUAAGUGAAAUAUUACUGCAUUCUGUCCUACAUACUUGUGGGAUAGAAAUUACUUUAAACUGGACCUAUGCAAGGUCUAUUUUGAGUUUUUCUUAUGUUUUUGAUUAUUUUUUCUAUUCUUUUGAUAAUUGACACAUACAACCCCAUAACUGAACAUUGCAUUCUGAGCUAAACUUGAUAUUUUUUUUUUAAUACUUACUUCAGGGGGGAUUGUAUUUUAAUUUAAAAUCUAAGAAUUUUUGAAUUUUUUUUGUUUGAGAUUUUAUUUUUAUAAAAAUCCAAGACUUUUGUUUAAGAUUUUACUUUUAUAAAAAAUUCAAAGAUUUUGAUUUUGUUCAAGAAAAGAUCUUCAAGAAAGAAGCUUGAAACUUUUAUAUCCAGAGAAUGAACUGUUGCAGAAAGAUGCCAAAAACCUACACUUCAUCAAGAAGAUCAAGAAUGAACUUUGGAUGUGAUUGAUUGAACUGAACUUUUGAUUGAACAUUUAUUGUAACAUUUAUGCCAAAAGGGACUGCCCCUAAUUUGGUUUUCUGUCAAUGCGCCUAGCAAACAUUGGUUUUGCUUUCUUUUCUUUUCUAUUUCCUCUCUCACUAUUCUAAUUUCUCUUAGAAAAUUGAAUAUUGUGUAUAUCUUUAGUUAGAAGUGAAUUUAGAACUACAAAAUGAUUAUGUUAAAUGAUCAAUGGGGAGACUAGUCUCCCAAUGAUCAUCAGGGGGGAUUGUAAACCUCAAAUUUCCUUAGACUUAUAAAUGUUGGAAAUUUCACCAUUGGGAUAUUUCAUACUUGGAAAAUUUCUUACUGAUAGUCUAUUGGAAUGGGAACCCCAUUGGCAUGGGAGGUUCUUUCUCUUCCCUUCUUAAGAUUACUUUAGGACAGAGACCCUUUGCUGAACAAUGGAAAGGACUUUGACCUAUGCUUAAGCAUAGAACAGGAAUUUCUUUGAGUCUUGAUUGAUUUUAGAAUUGAUACAAUGGAGAUACUCCACCCUAUUCAGUCCUAAUAGGAUUGAGUAAGGGCUGCAGCCUAGAUCAAAAUUUAAUUAUUCCAAUCUCUACCAUACUCAAGUUAACAGGAUUUAGAAAGGGCUGGAACAAAGGAGUAAAGAUUUAAUCAUUUGAAAAAUAUGACCUUCAACAGACAUGUGCAAAAGCCAGAAACCUCUGGGCGGUCCUGGGUUAAGCUAGAGCCUCCAUUGACAGGGAAAUUGAUGAAGAGUGAUUGGUAGAUGUGAGGACUGAGGGGAGGCAACUUGGAUGGUGUCCUUAAAGAUAGGAGGGUCUGGAGACUCAGGGGAGAGGAUUGAGUUUUUGGUCGGUGUGGUUCCUGGGGUCUGAGGAAGCUUGCUCUGAAGGAAGCUGAAGGUGGGGGCCUCUGAGACUGUUUCUCCAUUUUGGACACGUGAGUAAUAGGGACUGAUCUCUUUUCUUUGCCCCAGCUAUCUAAGGGCUUGGGCCUUUUGGCCCAGCCUAAACAGAAGGGGUAUUUAAGCCCUAUUUCCCUUCUCUCCCCUUUCUCUCUCUAUAUAUAUCUCUAAUUCCUUUCUUGCUCCUAUUGUAAUUAAACUCCAAAAAAGGCUGACGGCUGACUUGAGUUUUUCAUUUAGGAAUUACAUAGCUGAUUCCUUGGCGACCUUAAAUUAAUAUAUAUCAGUCUUUUAAAGUGAUUCCCUUGUAACAUAAAGGCUAGGCAAUGGGGGUUAAGUAACUUGCCCAGGGUCACACAGCUGGGAAAUGUCUGAGGCCAGAUUUGAACCUAGGACCUCCCAUCUCUAGGCCUGGCUCUCAAUUCACUGAGCCACCCAGCUGCCCCCUAACUCAUCUUAAUCAAAGGACAGUGUCCUCCAUUUGACCUUAGUGAAUACCUUCAACGUCUCCCUCCAUGAAAGGUCGUCAAAAGGCAGAUCUUAGUGAAUAGGUGACCUUACCCAUGUAAUUAGUCUCAGAAAUUGUUUAAAAUAGUCAUCUUUUUUUCCUCUGCCUCCCUAAUCACCCCACAGUCACAAAUAUGAUGGCUCAAUCCUAUAAGUAAGGGUCAGAUACUAGAAGAGAAAGGGAAGUGGAACCAAGUCUAGCCAGGCAAUGUAAAGUUGGUUUGGUGUUAGCUACUGGUUGAAGAAACUUCCCUAAGAGUGAGCAGGAGCCUGAAGAGAAAGUGGAAAUCUCAGAAAAAUCUAACACUGAACUAGCAGGGGGCAGAGCUGAGGUAAAGAACUCCAAGUGUAACUCCAAACAAUGUUUGGGAAUGGAGUUGGUUGGCAACUCCUUCUAGGAGGUAUGCAGUUGUGUCCAGGAGGCUAGCACUAUGAGUGCCAGGAACUGUCCCUCUCUAGAGCAGGCCAGUCUCUGGUGCCUGCUUUUUGAUACUGAUAGUUCCCCAUGGAAUAACCUAGAAGGAUUUCUGCUCCCUUGGAUAGGGGAAAGAUUGGGGAAAAGGCACUUGGUGAUACCCAAAUGAUGGAGUAUUUACUUUUGUUUGCAUUCUUAUCUUUUCAGAUAAGAAUGGCAUCAUGUCACUUGCUGCUAAAUUCCUUUUCAACUUGUGCAAUUAAGGAAUAAAUUAUCCAAUUUCA